AUGAUGUCCAGAAGUCAGUCAAGCCUGGGCUAUGUAGACUCAGCUAGAGACGAUUCUGCGUCUGCCGGUCAGUCUCACCCCCCUGCGGCGUCGGGCCCUAUCAACCUCUCGGGGCUGGUAUGCAAUGUCCGCCGCACGACAGGGAGAGAACCACACCCCCUAGUCGGGGCGACGACGACAAUUUUGGGAGAUAGGCUCUACGUGUUCGGAGGACGCAUCCUAUCCAAGAGCCGCCCGCAGUUGACGUCAGAUUUAUAUGAGCUGGACUUGAUUCGGCGUCACUGGACCAAGAUCGAGGCGACCGGCGAUAUCCCCCGUCCGCGGUAUUUCCACAGUGUCUGUGCGCUCGGUGAUAACAAGCUGGUCUGCUAUGGUGGAAUGUCUCCCGCUCAGAAUGCACCCAACGACCCGGCCACUGCGGGGGCCCAGGGUCAGGAGGCGCAACCGGAAGUGGUCGUUAUGUCGGAUAUCCAUAUUUUUGAUGUUCCUUCGCGCACCUGGACCCGAGUUCCCGCGGCAGAGUCGCCCCAGGGACGGUAUGCUCACUGCGCCACAAUCCUCCCUUCCAGCGCUUGCUUCACCUCUGCCACGGCGCCGCGCUCUGCGAUCCACAACAACCCGGCUUCGGCGAACCCGCACCAAGGCUCUAUCGGCGUGGAUAUUGAUGGAUUUGGGGGCGCCGAAAUGGUGGUGGUCGGCGGACAGGACAGCUCGAACCAUUACAUUGAACAGAUCAGCGUGUUUAAUUUGCGCAGUCUGAAAUGGACCAACACAAUUGCACCGUUGGUUGGGAUGAAAGUCUCGGAUAUUGGAUCGGCUUCUCCCGAUCAGGAAGCUCACGAGCCCGCCGACGAAGGUGAGGGCGAGGGAUGCCCUAUGCUAAUCUAUUCCAACUACAACUUCCUGGAUGUCAAGUUGGAACUUCAAGUGCGCUUGCCAGAUGGCCGUCUGGUUGAAAAGCCUAUGCAAAACGCGACAUCGCCCCCGGGCUUGCGAUUCCCCAACGGCGGCGUCAUCAAUGGCCAUUUUGUGGUAAGCGGCACUUAUCUGACAUCUUCAAAGCAAGAGUAUGCGCUGUGGGCGCUGGAUCUGAAGACCCUCACCUGGGGUCGGAUCGAUGCUGGUGGCUCCGUCUUUGGCCACGGUAGCUGGAAUCGUGGUGUCUUAUGGCCGAGAAGAAACACAUUUGUGAUCCUGGGUCACCGGAAGCGCAGUCUGGUCGAUGACUACAACCAUCGUCGACUCAACUUCUCCCACGUCUGUUUGGUCGAGCUGGAGGCGUACGGGCUCUACAACAAUCCUUGCCGAACCUCGCCAACGUCCGGAUAUGUGUCCUACAGUGCUCCAGCCGUCCCUGCAUCGCUCCAGCACAAGUUAACCCAGUUGACAUCAGGCGGACGACCGUUCUCUGCUGCCUCCGACGAAUUGGGGAAACUCGCCCAGACUCUCCCUGAAAUGGCAGACAUGGAGCUGCAGGCCGUCGGGGGAGAGCGGAUCCCCGUCAACUCCCGGAUUUUGUCGCGACGAUGGGGCCCCUACUUCAUCCAGCUCCUCCGAGAGUCUUCUGACAGUGGCCUCUCGGACUCGGCGACCCUCCGGCCAGCCGUCCAGAUGUAUCCGAACCGCAACUCGAGCAUCACGAUCACCCCUUCGAUCGGACAGAACAGCAGCUACUCUAACGCCACCACUCUUGUCAGCAAUAAUUCCGCCUCUUCCAAAUCCUUGUUAGCGAAUCUUGAGAUACCCUCUGCGCAUAGUUUACCCCCAACCUCUCGCCCCCGUGUUCUCUAUCUCCCCCACACGUUCCUCACCCUACAAGUCCUCGUCUACUACUUUUAUACCUCCUCUCUCCCGCCUGCGGGAUCCUCGCUCUGCACUCCCCAGAUUCUCUGCUCUCUCCUCCAACUCGCGCGUCCCUACCAGAUCGACGGGCUCUUGGAAGCCACCGUCGAGAGGCUCCACCAACUGCUCGACGGCAGGAAUGCGGCCGCUGUCUUCAACGCUGCGGCAAUGGCUGCCGGCGGCGGCCGGGGCACGGGCUUCACCAGCGGCCCCGGCGGUACUUUGGAAGCCCUGAACGGCGUGCACUCGCACGACUCCCGGACUGGCACCGACACGACGUCACGCAGCCACCUCACGUCAGACUCGUCCGAUACCGAGCACGGCACCGCCUCUGCGGCACAGUCCGUCGCGAGCAGUGCCACGGGGUCGCGCGGUAUUCCCCUCCGCAUUAACACCAACAUCUUUACCCGCCGACAUCGCAGCGCCACGGGCGACCGCGACCGCGAAGACUCCAUCAGUAAUGCCAGCACAUCCACCUCCGCGUCCACCAACACCAGCUUCGACCACUCGCCCGGCCCGGAUGAGGUGCGGUCCGCAUCGGGCCAUCACCACCGCCGCCGCGACACCGACGCCGAAAUCCGUCCCGAACGCGAGAUUUGGACGGGAGACCUCAGCAGCGUCAUCGGUCUCCAGAAGCGUGGUCUGCGCGGGCUGAUGGAGGGUCGGCGUUUGCGCGAGCGCAACACCAAACCGGCCAGCACAGGAGGCCCGGUACCUGUUCCUGUAGAGCAGGGCGUGCCGGCCCCAGGGGCAUGA